CUAGUUUAUCAAUGACAAAGAAAAAAAACACUCACUCUACAAUUAUAAAUUAAAUGAGAUUUUUAAUUUAAGGCAAAAAAAAAUAAUUAUUAACAUUAAAGGAGCGCAAAAUGGGGUACAAAGUAAGUUAAUUAUCACAAGCAAAGCUUAUAGAUGUGUAAAAAUAAACCAAAAAUCAUUAAACCACACAUUGAUACACUUCCUGGUGAAAGUUGAUGCGCAAAUCGAGUAAAAAACUCUGUUCGCGAAUUUGUUGAUCCUCAUUACUCUUACCCCCCUAAUUUAAAAAUGACAUGUUACAAUUUGUUAAAAACCAUUAUUACUUCACCCAAAUGAUCCGUCAUUGUUACUCCAACUAGUUCAAAACAAUCAUCAAGCAACUUUUAUAAUCGGAUACAAAAGUUUCCGCUAUAAAUUACGGAAAUGUGAAUAAUGAUCACAAUCAGAUGCAUGAAAUAUGGACCCUCCAUUAUUUUGAUUGUCCAUUUCCAUCCAAUGUGUGGUGAAAGUGACAAAACAUUUUUUUCCACUAAAUGUGUGCGCUUGUUACCUUCACAAGCUUUGCUCUAGCUGCGACUUCGGCCGUUUUGCUCGUCUUGGCGGCAACCAACGGAAAACUAAAGAACAACAAAAUGAACAAUAUCGAGAAUAAUCACACCAGUCUGCUCGACCCCGAUGGGCCCAACGUACAGUUUAUUUUAUUCACAAGGAGCCAUCCCCCAUUUAAUCUCAGAAUUAACGAUUUCAACGGGUUCAAAAAAUCAGGGUUCAAUUUCAGCAAUCCGGUCAAGAUAAUUAUUCACGGCUUUCAAAGCAGCAUUGAGGAGGACAUUUUUGUGGUCAACAAAAACGCUUAUUUAGAUUCGGGUGAUUACAAUGUUAUUGGGAUGGAUUGGUCCGUUCUGUGCGAAUUCGAGUAUUUAUCGGCAAUUGGCGGAGUGCGAAAAGCCGGCAAAGUUCUGGGCGAAUUUCUCACUUGGUUGUCUGUACUCGGGGUCGAUUACAACAACAUACACCUGGUGGGGCACAGCCUGGGGGCGCACGUGGCGGGGAUCGGGGGCCACGAAGUCAAAAACGGGAAAAUCGGGCGCAUUACAGGCCUUGAUCCUGCAGCCCCUGGCUUCAAGGACAUCGAGGCCAAGCUGAAACUGGACGCAAAUGACGCGAAAAUGGUCGAUGUCGUGCACACGUACAUGAAAGUGUUAAGUCUUGCACAACCUGUUGGUCACGUUGAUUUUUACCCCAACGGGGGGAGACGGCAACCCGGUUGUCCCGAAAUAUCCGACAUCUGGAAGUUUAGUGAAAGUGUAAUUUGUAACCACGCUCGAGCUUAUUAUUAUUUUGCUGAAUCAAUACGGAACAAAAGGGCUUUCAGGAGCAACAGAUGUAACAAUGUGGAGGAAGCGCUUCGUAUGCGGUGUGUUCAAGCGACAAGUGUUUACAUGGGACAAGUCGAGUCUUAUAAAAAUGGGUUGUAUUUUUUCAGGACCAAUGCGAAAAGACCGUUCAGUCUCAGUCGCUGAAUUAUUAAUAUACUGCACCACGGUUGCAAUGGGGCACUUUUUUACUGUUGUGUUGUGUCAAUAAAUUAUAAAAAACAUACAAAAUCAAAAUAAAAAGGUGGACGUUCUUGAUUCAGAAGAGAUUUAAUAUAAAUUAAUUGUGGAUAAGGUCUGAAAAAAUUACAUUGCUACAUAGAGAAAAAAUCAGCAAAUGCUGAAUUCUGCGUAUUAGUUUUUGAGAUAUGGCAGCAAUUUCAGCAGCGAUUAUAUUGUUUUUUUAAUUUUUUUUUUUAAAAUACAAGUUGAAUUCAAAAAUAAAAGUUUCUUGCUAUAAUUUUGAAGAUUCAGAAGAAAUAGUGGGGUUUAAAUAGCUUUGAGAUGGAAAAAAACUGAAAAAAAAACGUAACCUUGUACACAAAUGUUUAUUAUU